AUGAGCAGCAAGGUCGGUCGCACGGCCGGCGGAAAGGGCUCCAAGAGAAUCAAAAGCAAGACCGCUACUGCCGUAUCGCUGGAUAUCAGUGGUGAUAGCGACAGCAGCGACAGCAGCGAUAGCAGCGAUGGCAGCGAUGGCAGCGAUAGUAGCGAUAGCAGCGAUAGCAGCGAUAGCAGCGAAGAUGAAGAGCAUGGGGCCAUCAAGGACGCCGGGUCCGCCAAGAAGACUUCAAGUGCCAGACCCAGCCUCAACGCCGCUCAUGUUCCCAAGUUCAGGACCAGCCCCUCUCGCCGCAUUGCCAACGUCAAGCCCACCGCCAAGAUCCCCAAAGCCAAAACCUUCCUCAAGCGCGGUUCGGCCAGUGACAGGUCCACGGCCAAGCUCAUCAAGACCGAGACUUCGCCCUCGCGCGGCGAGUCCCCCGUCAAGCCUGUCAGCGGCCUCUCGGCUCUUGCUGCGCGACGGCUGGCGGAGGCAGCUUCCAGGUCCGAAGCGGCCCCUCCGGCUGAGCCGACCCCGACGCGCGCCUCCAGACCCGACGGCGUCGAGCCCCAGCCUAGUCGAAGCGAUGUGAGAUCCACGGUCAAGCGUGAGCUCGAGGUGGAGGUAGAGGAGGAGGACGCGCCAAAGAGAGUCAGACACUCUCGUUCCAGCCAUACAUUCGACGACGAGGCCUACGUCGACCCCUCCAGCCCCACUCAUAUGACCUUCGGUCUCGUCGCGACCAGCUACCUCUCGAAAGUUGCCGGACUGAAGGAAUGCUUCACGAAGGGGAUCAUGACGGCGAAGGGCACUCAAGAGGUUCUCAAGAACGCUUUCAUCGCGCUUGAGGAUACAGCGACCGAGGCGGCAACGAUGAAGGAAAGGAUCACAGCCCUGGGGAAAGAGAAGGAAUCGCUUGCUGGGCGUGUCAAGAAGCUGAAGGCUCGUGAGAUGGAGUUGAAGAAGCGAUUGAGGAAGGGGCGGGAGUAG